AUAACACAAAGAGCAUAAUUUACUACCAACUGUUCCUAUCGAUUGGAGUAUUCUAUCUAGAGAUAGAGACACAAACGUCUUUGUCAAAGAUCCAUGGAUGUACAAAACAACGGUGGUGGUAUAUGCUGUUGUGUUACCGGUGGAAAUGGCUAUAUAGGAUCUUGGCUUGUGAAAUCUCUACUUGAAAAAGGCUACUUGGUCCACACCACUGCUAGAGAUCCAGAAAACAUUUCACGCCUCGCACCAUUUUGGAGCGGCAAGGAGAGGUUAAAAAUAUUUAGGGCUGAUUUGCAAGACGAAGGGAGCUUCGAUGAAGCUGUAAAAGGUUGUCAUGGUGUAUUUCAUGUGGCAGCUUCUAUGGAGUUUAAUGUCCCAUCAACCAAAGAUAAUGAUAGUUAUAUUAGAUCAAAUGUUAUUGAACCUGCCACCAACAGAACCCUAAACCUACUGAAAGCAUGCUCAAAUUCUGGUUCUGUAAAAAGGGUAGAGUUUACAUCAUCCAUUAGUACUAUGACAUCUAAGCAUAAUGACGGGAGAUGGAGGGCAACUGUGGACGAAUCAUGCCAAACUCCAAUUCCGCAUGUCCUGGACAAUAAGGCAAGCGGAUGGGAUUACGUUCUUUCGAAGCUUAUAUCAGAGGAAACUGCUUUCCAAUAUGCAAAUGAGCAAGGUAUCGAUCUUGUCUCGGUAAUACCUACUACUGUGGCCGGUCCAUUUCUCACUCCUACAGUUCCCGCCAGUGUUCGAGUUCUUUUGUCUCCAAUCACAGGGAAUACAGGUGACCCUGAAUUAUACCCAAUAUUAUCAGCUGUGCAUACAAGAAUGGGUUCAAUCGCGGUAGUCCAUAUUGAGGACAUAUGCAAUGCACACAUAUUCUUAAUGGAAGAAGCCAAGGCGAAAGGUCGAUAUAUUUGUUCAUCUCAGAGCUGUACCAUGUCUCAGUUGGAAGCGUAUCUUACUCUAGAAUAUCCUCCUUAUACAGCAAAAAGGUAUAGUGAGGAACAAAACAGCUCAAUCCCUUCUGAGAUAUUUUCAAAGAAAUUAACUGAUCUGGGUUUUGUAUAUAAGUAUGGUUUGGUUGAUAUCAUCAAGCAGAGUGUUGGUUCUUGUCUGCAGCAUGGGUUCCUUGAACAUGUUGCAUUGGCUCGACAACAACACGACAGUGAUUGUCGCUGAUCCCAUAUUUGAUAAACUUUGAGAAGGAAAGGAAACAAUCAAGUCUUAAGACUAGAAACAGAAGCUCAAGUUAAUAAUCGGUAACACAACUUCGUGUAGUUAUCUUAAUUGUGGUUUCUCAUUUUCGAAACCAUUAGUCUUGAAGCUGAAAAAUGAAAAAUGUUUCAAGUUUUUGAAAAAAAGAUUGAACACUUCGAGA